ACUAUGGAUUGUGAAUAAGAUUUUGAAGAACAGAAAUGUCUGGACUAGAAGAGGUUGGUAUUCCUGGAAAGGAGUAUCUUCGAGAAGCUCUGACUAACUGUUCAGAUCCUCAGCGUGCUAUAGAAGAAUUUCAGGUGGAGAAUGGAAUUUUGUUACCUUCCCUGCGACCAAUGCUUCCUCUACUAGAUUUACAUGGAGUGAGGCGCUUGGAGUUUCACCUUUCAGUCUUGGAAGAAUUAAAAGAGAAACUUUUACAACAAAUAGACAAUUUAGGGAAACAGGAAGGCCGAGAAAAGGAAAAAAAGCUUAAAGAGUUGCUGCAAAAGAGUUUUCCUGUGAUCAAGGUUCCAACACUUCGUCCAGUGGUUAUGUGUAUUCUCAAGAACUUGGACAGAGUAGAAGACAAAUACUUGAAGCAGCUUGUUGCAGAUAAAGAGUUGUAUGAAGCUUGUGAUAUUCAGGUUAAGCGACAGAUCUGGCGAGAAAAUCAAGCUUUGUUUGGUGACAAAGUGUCUCCACUUCUUAGUCAGUACAUUAAGGAAAAAGAGGAGUUACUGUUUAGCCACAAUGAUCCCAACACUACCUUUUUCCAGCCAUCACCUAAACAACGACGACAGGGCGAGGUGAUUCAGAAACUUCUAAAUAUGAUUGGCCACCAUGUUCAGUUGUAUGAUAUGGUCCUUCAGUUUUUACGAACCUUGUUUCUUCGUAGUAAAAAUGUACACUACUGUACACUUCGAGCAGAGCUUUUGAUGUCACUUCAUGAUUUAGAGAUUCAGGAAAUAACUUCUGUAGAUCCUUGUCAUAAAUUCACCUGGUGCCUGGAUGCUUGUAUUAGAGAGAGAAAUGUUGAUAUUAAAAGAUCUAGAGAACUACAAGGAUUUUUAGAUACUGUGAAGAGAGGACAAGAACAAGUUAUAGGUGACCUUGCUAUGACUCUUUGUGACCCUUAUGCUGUGAAUUUUUUGGCAACUUCUGCCAUGAAAAUACUGCAUCACCUUGUCAACAAUGAAACUUUGCCAAGGGUUAGUUGUUUCUUACAAGUGACAAUAAAGCAUGUUUUAUUUUAACAUGAGCUUUAUAUGGUUAUUUCUUCACAGGAUGUACAGGUGGCAACUAAAUUUCUUCCAGCAGUUAUGUCCCUGAUGGUGGAUGACCAGGUACGAAGCUUGAACUCUAAACUACCUCCUGAUGACAGAGAAACUGCCAUCACAACUAUUGAACAUUCUGGACCUCCACCUGAUGCGUAUCAAGCAUAUUUACAAGAAAAUGGAGUAGCAAGUAUAAUAGCAAUGUAUUACACUCUCCACACAGCUCGUCAAAAAGAUCGUCAAGGACUAAUGAGAGUGUUAGGAACAUUAGCCAAUUGUGAGAGUGACAGGGCCUUUGAAGACCCAUUUCUUCACAGUCUUGUUGCUGUAUUGAUUCCACUUGCAGAUGAAUUUGCAGCUGAAGAUUUUUGCACUGUUGUGUUUGAUGAGUUUUUCCUCACAGGAAUGACAAGAGAGAAUGUUGUUCGCCACAUGAUUGAACUUUUAAGCCAUAUACACCACAAGUUACCAGUAAGUCGACUGGAUGGCUUGACAAAGGCAUUGCAGCCGAUAGCACAGCAAAAUCCAGUAAUUCAGUCAAAGUUCCAGUCUCUUGAAGAAAAAGUUUUGAUUCAUCAACCUUCAUCUUCUCAAAAUCAAGAUACCAUAGAUUCCCCAUUACUAAAUGUACCAACUCCAGCUAAUGCAUAAUAGAAAUUUUUAUUUGCCAUUCAUCCACUUUGCUACAAUCUUUAGAAAAUUUGUUGUUGUGUAUCCACUGCUACUGCAAAUGUUAGAAAGUUUUAUGUUGUUGUGUACUCACUUCUGCUACAAUCUGUAGAAAGUCUUAUGUUGUUGUGUGUUUACUUCUGCUACAAUCCGUAGAAAGUUUUGUGUUUGUGUGUGUAUCCUCUUCUGCUGCAAUCUGUAGAAAGUUUUAUAUUGGUGUGUAUCCUCUUCUGCUGCAAUCUGUAAAAAGUUUUAUAUUGGUGUGUAUCCUCUUCUGCUGCAAUCUGUAGAAAGUUUUAUAUUGGUGUGUAUCCUCUUCUGCUGCAAUCUGUAGAAAGUUUUAUAUUGGUGUGUAUCUAACUCUACCAACAUUUCUUAAAAAGUUGUGUUACACUGCUGUCUAAAGUUGUUAUAUAUAUACAUAUCCAGUUACACACUGCUGCUAUGUUCACAUUAAUUUUCAUGAAGUACAAAUGUGUUAUUGUGUUUUGUAAGCUUUAUUCUAUAUCAAGGUAUUGUAUCUGCUAUACUAUUGCAUAUAUGUUACUUUUGUAUAUAAAUGUUCAUUUCCUGACUUGAUGGUACAGUAAGCAAGGCUGAAAUAGUCAUGUACUGCUCAGUGUUAAGAAUAUCAGAAAGUUUAAUAAAAUAUUAGAUAUGGU